AGGACUCACCACUGAAUGGAGCGAAUCAAGCACAAGCCACAGAGAUAGUAGGAGGCUCUCUGCCGAUCCCCAUCAGCGGAUGAACCGAGCACCUUCUCGCUUAUGAGAUGAUAGAGGUGUCUUUCCUUGACCAACUACUUUGGGAGUGAAGAAGAUCAGCAGAGCUGACCCAAAGUUGGACCCCCGGAUCCUGUGUCCUAGAGGGGAUUGUGGAGCAGAGUGCAGCCAGUGGGUACCGUCUGUGUGGGGUACAGGAACAGAAGGAACAUUUCUCCCCUGCGCUGUGCCGUGAAAGUCCGCCAAGACGCCGCGCGCCGUGCUCCGUGUGAAGAAUGCCCAGGCGAGGCUGGCCAAGGCGGCGCCCGAGCCGGCGCCCACGCCGGGGCUCUACAUGGAACGCUCGCAGAGCCGCAUCAGCCUGUCAGCCUCCUUUGAAGCCCUGGCCAUUUAUUUCCCCUGCAUGAACUCUUUUGAUGAGGAUGAUGUUGAUGCAGAGGGGCGGAGGCUGAAAGGUACCAUCCAGCGGAGUACGGAGACCGGGCUAGCUGUGGAGAUGCCCAGCCGCACGGUUCGGCAGGCCAGCCACGAGUCCAUCGAGGACAGCAUGAACAGCUAUGGCUCCGAGGGAAACCUGAACUACAGUGGCGUGUGUUUAGCUUCAGACACUCAGUUCAGCGACUUCCUGGAUGGAAUGGGUCCAGCCCAGUUUGUGGGCCGCCAGACCCUGGCAACAACAUCCAUGGGUGAUGUGGAAAUUGGUCUAAUGGAGAGGAACGGGCAACUGGAGGUGGAGAUCAUCCAGGCCAGAGGACUCACCCUGAAGCCAGGAUCCAAAGGUCCCCCAGCUGCUUACAUAAAAGUUUAUCUACUUGAAAAUGGUGCCUGUGUUGCCAAAAAGAAGACAAAGUCUGUGAGAAAAUCCCUGGAUCCGCUUUACAACCAGGUGCUGUGUUUCACCGAGAGUCCUCAGGGCAAAGUUGUACAGGUGAUCGUGUGGGGUAACUACGGACGCAUGGAUCGCAAGUGCUUCAUGGGCAUGGCUCGCAUCCUGCUGGAGGAGCUGGAUUUGUCGAGCAUGGUCAUCGGCUGGUACAAGCUGUUCCCAACCUCCUCCAUGGUGGACCCCACGAUGGCGCCGCUGAUCCGCCACUCGUCCCAGCUGUCCCUCGAAAGCACGGUGGGACCGUGCUGUGACCGCUCCUAAUGGUGCUCGCGAACACACCGAGCUGGUUUUUUCUACCCGUUUCUCCGUGUGCCCCAGAGGCCCCCGGGACUGCAGAGUGCGGCACGCCUGACCGCCGCGCCCGGCAGCGAAGCCCCACGAGGCACCACGGCGCCUCCAGAAACACACCUCCACGCAGCGCGAGGGCUCCUUCUCAAGGCCCGCUCUUUGAACGGUGGAACUGUGGCAAAAGUGAUUCAUAUUCUUCACCUGAACUUUCGAUAUUUUUUCCAAAGCCCCUGGGUGCAAUCUCUAGUAUCUCCUUGUCUUAUACCUCACAGUGUCAUCCGGUGAAGGAUCAAUCUGCCAGACAGGUUACGAUUCAUUAGACUGCCUGUGGGGUCUCGGACCUGAGAUGUUUCUGCCACACAGUUGGGCAAGUGCAAUACGAGAGCAACCGCUAGCGUUAAAUAAAAUAAGCAAACAAAGACGCAAAAAGACUAAGUAUUUACGUCACUCAAAGGGGAUGAAUUAUUUGCCAUUUUAUGGUUUGCCAUAACUGAAAGUAUGAUAUGACGAAAAGGGGCUGCAUUGCUGGAGUUGCACAUUAAUUCUGUUGAUUUACCUACAACACAGAGAACACAAAGAAGUACCGCGAAUGUUUGUCUUUGAAGCUUGGCUCGCUCAUCUUUUUUUUUUCUUUUUUUUUUUUAUUGUUAUCUCAUUUUUCAACUGUGCCAACUUACCAGCAAGUGUCUUUAUUUAGUGGCUUGUGCCAUUGAUCUGUGAGUAGGUAAAGCAGAGGUUACUUUGGGAUGAAAAAAUCAGAUGGCAGCUUGCAAAAAAUAAGUAUCAAUUAGAAUUAAGUACUUUUAUAAAUACUUUAAUUCCUUUUUCCACCCUUUCAGGGUUUGGCAAUUUAUUAGACUGGUAAAAACACUAAAGGUAGAAAUUAAAAACUAUUUUAAAUUUAACCUAAAGAAACUUGAAAAAUUAAAAAGGAUGAAAGUCUGUGGAGGUUUUGCUUACUGUUAAGUGGCUUUUUGGAGGGCAGUUUGCCAUUAAGGUUUUUUAAAUUAUUUAUAAUCUGGAGUGAGCCAAAGUCUCUUGUUAUAUUCAUUUUUCAUUCAAGGUGAUUAGUACGGGCACAUAAAAUUUGCAGAACUUUGGUAGCACAGUGAGACUGUAGCAUUAGUGUUGGCAUGAGUGAAUAUAUAGCAUAAAAACAAAAAAAUACAUUAAAUCUUAAGAGUUACUGAGGAAAAAUUCUUGAGUUAAAAAAAUAAAAAUAAACAAAUAUAUAUACAUAUAGACAUGUGUGGAAAGUGGAGCAACGAUGUAGCAGAUAAUUUAAUUCCUAAAUCAUAGAUGCAGAACUGUGAGCCGUACUGACAAAAUAAUGAAAGGACAAUGUGUUUUAUAAUUCCUGCAAAAAAAUAAGUAUGAAACAUAGCCAAUUAAAAAACUGGAAUAACAAACCAGUUGACUGAAAACACCAAGAGCUAUAAGAGUACGGUGGACUGACACAAAUAUCAUUCUGUUGUGCAAAAAACAUGUGGGCUCAUUCUUGCUUGUCACACCGCAAACAUUAAGUAUAUAUUCAAUACUGUUGCAUCAACUUACAAAAGUCACACAUUUCCCACAGCAUUUUCUGCAGAUACACUAUGUUCUUCCAUAUUCAGACUUACUGAAAACGUGACUGUCGUAGUUUCUUAAUGAUAUAAUUCUAGUGUUUAUUACAUGUGCUUUAUCCACCAAAUCAGUCUUUCAUAGUUAGAUGAAAGGUACCAUUGUCAAGGUCUGUUUAAAAAAUAUAUAUUUCUCACCUUUGUUGGCAGAGUGAAUUGAAAAUUUAUUGAGAGAAAAUAAAAAGCAAGCAGAAUUUUAUACAGAACUGAUAAAAUAUCUGUUUGAAAAAAAAAGCUACAUUUUCUUUAUGAAGCAAUAACAAGCAGUACUCUCCUAAAAACUAAAGAGGUCUUAGGGUUACAGCCCUGGGACAGAAGGAAACUAAAAAAAUAUAUGAGAAAAGAAUUUUCACUUUGGCAAAAAUAAUACACUUUUUCAGGGCGCAUUUAUAACAAUAUUGGCCUGGCGAUAAAUAUAGAAUUGUAUUGGUGUACUUUCUGUUUAUUUCUGGGUGGGAAAUUAGAGUUACGACUAAAUGAAUUCAUACAUGCAAGGCAUAGUUUCAAAAUUUUACUUCUGUGAUUGCAACAUCAUUAAUUAUCAGGAUGCGCCAAUGAUCCCGUAACAAUAAUUGAUGCAUUGUUGCCUGGAAAUGAAUUAAAUGUGUUGUAAAAUGUUUUAAUGAACAUUGAAAAGUUCUUUGUAGUUUGC